CCAGGUUUGACCCAUACACUCCCGGCAGCGCCGACGGGGAUGAAGAGGACGAUGCGUACAGCGAUGACGGUGUGGAAUACGGAGACGAUGAAGGUUACGACGAUGAGUCUGUCGGAUGGGAUGGGGGGAUGUCCAACACGUGGAGGUAGGUGCUCAGUGCGACGGAAGUCUCGAAUGCGAGAAGUGUGUCAAUGUCUAGGAGGACGGCGUUAGAUGCUCCCAUGCCAGUGUCUAUCAAGCAGACCAGACUGACAACACGAUCGCCUGCAAGACGAUCCUCCCAUCUACCCACGCGCAUACCGUUACCACAGACUCAGUCGUACUGCGGAGGACGAAGAAGCAUAAGCGUUAAAACGUUGACGUCUCACUUUGGUACGUCUCAUCAAUCUCCACGCGAGGAUAUCCAUGCUUACUUCUGUUGUAGCCCGCGCACUCUGUUCACGGCGUUGCCCACGGGUCCUUGACAGCUCGAAAAAUUCAAUCUCUAUCACCACGCCAUUCCAUCCUCAUCCCGCGGACCACUGGCUCUCGCGAUGCGUUCUAUA